AUGCAGGAUCCUGGGUAUGGCCCAUUCGACCUCGUGACCGUCACCGAUGAAGAGAGGCCCUGGCAAUUUGGCUUCUUCGAUGCCGAGAGAUACUUGUUGUCCUAUGUGACUCAUCUUCGUGAAAUUGGCCUUGGUGAUCGUCUGGUCAUCUACGCUGAUGCAUUCGAUGUUGCAAUGCUUGGUUGCCAGCGCAAUCUCAGCAAGGCCCUGGAUGAGCUCCAGCGCCCAAUGGUGUUCGGAAUCGAGUUCGAUCUUUAUCCUGCCGGCAUGGACGGAUAUCCCCGUCCUGCUGCGGGUAGUCAUGCCAGAGUACGUCAGGCCAAGAUGCUGGACCUGUGCCGCCAGCAAGCUCAGAUGCCCUAUGUGUGGGAGAGCAGGCCGCCCGACGAGCAUGCUCCGUGCCUGGCCAUGUCUGAAACGACAGGCGUAGUGAGCAGCGGCUCGGAACCAAUACACCCGGUCGCCGGAGAGUUUCUGAACGGCGGCUUCUACGGGGGUCGUGCAGCGGCGCUGGAGAUUGCCUUGAGGCGGCUGCUGCACGUGCAGUCACAGCUACAGGAAUUCGCAUCCAACGGAGACCCAUUCCGCCGGGCGGGAAAAAGCCAUCAAUACAUGUGGAACCAGUAUUUGCUGGACCAUCCAGAGCAGGUCGCACUAGACUACGGCGGUGCAUUCGUGGUCAACUUGGCUCGGCGUUCCAUCGUCCCAAGGCAAUUUGGAAUCGACGAACGCACGGGACAGCUCAAGUCUGUUUUAUUCCAGAGGCCUGUUUGCUUCAUCCAUGCAAACUCAGCCGGCGUUGCUGACAGUACCUUCAACCUGCUACGGACGGCGUACUACCUGCAAGCUGAUACAACUGCCUGGACCGGAUAUCAGGUCCCUGGAGAGCUCAAUGCUCUGCAGCUAGCCGGUCUGCAGGCAGACAGGGCACGUCAGGAUCGCAUCGUGGUGGACUCCAAGCUGUGCUUUGGUGCCUUCAGACAUGCACCCAAGUGGCGCGGAAUCUUAUCCUACGUUUAUAUGGUGACGCCGUUCAACGAGAUCACUUUUGCCGGCCUGCAAUUCUUCGUCGCUCGUCCACUAAAGCUUCAGGAGUCACGCUCUCAUGGAGCUGAAAUGAUGUUCGACGUCAUCGCCAAGAUGGCUUUUCCGAUGCGUACCAGGAAAGAAACUGGACGUGCCAAGCCUCCAAACGGCACGCACACCUGGUUUGAAUCGCGAAAUCGCUUCGACGCUGCGGUCUUCGACAUAACAGUGCACAGUGGUGAUUGCUUGGCCUGGCGCUGCGAGCAACGCUGCGAUCUCACUUAUGCAGAGAUCGACGAGGACGCCUUGGACCCGUCAUGGGACCCAUCCUUCUCAGAGUCGCAUGAUCGGAGGUCAGACGGAGUCUGGAUGGGAGAGACUGGACCAACUCGAGAGAUUUUGGUCGGGACGAAGAUCGUGCUGAACACCUGGCUGCCCAGAAGCUAUGCCAUCGGUGCAAGUGCUGAGAUUCAUGAAUUUGGCUUCUACGAGGGCGAACAGCCACCACGGUUCAUGCCACCGGCGACGGCGAAAAGCUUUGAAUGCGAAUACACUCAACUCAUUCAGCAUGCGCUUUGCGGGCUAGGCUGCUGCCUUGACUGCCUCCUGUUGGCUCAGACGGCGAGUCCUUUAAUUCGUUGGGCUCUGCAUGAGCAUGUCUCACCGCCGCAACUGAAGAUCGCAGCAAAGUAA